CUGCUCUCAGUCAGCAGAGCAGUGCUGCUGGAGAGCUCUCUCGACGAUCGCAGGCUCCAGCCAAGAGAGGAAAAAAAAAAGACGUGACACCUAACGUUUUAUUUUUUAAUCUUAUUUAUUAAUUCCCUCGUCGCGUCUUCGCCUCCAGCAAGAUGUAACUUGUUGACAUCGCCUCAACCAUAUUCAUGCAUUUGAAAAGAGCCGGGAGUGAGUGCGCAGAGACGAGAAGCCGAGCUGUUUCGGGCGAAUGGAAGUUAUUGUUGUGCAUUUGUUUUGACUAUGUUAUCCCCAAGUGAGUUUGGGUCCAGUCCGUCUCCGAUCGUCGUCGGCAGUUGAUUUUCUGGAUUUACACCCGAAUACUUUAAGGGGGAAACCACCGGUUCUGCACGGGCAGCGAGCUUUUCCUACAGAGCCGGGGAUUUAAAUCGUCGUUUGGUGGAGCUCCGGGGAGAGGCGAGAGUCAAAGAAAAGAAAUUCAUGUGGCCAUUCUCUCUGUAACCAAACAUUUCUCUGGGGAUUGCAGGAUGAGCAAGGAAAGACCUAAGAGGAAUAUCAUUCAAAAGAAAUAUGAUGACAGUGAUGGGAUCCCGUGGUCGGAGGAGCGGGUCAUGCGAAAGGUGCUUUACCUCUCCCUAAAGGAGUUUAGGACUGCACAGAAACGGCAGCUGGAUGGGGACGGAAACACAAACUCCAAUGGUUCCCUUGCCAACGGGCAGCUGAACGGCUCGGGGUCAAAGGGCAGCCACAAAGAUGACGGGUCCUUGCGAUCUCAGGGCCUUGACGGGAGUGGAGAGUACUGCGAGGACGGUCCCGCAAAAAAGAGGCCUCGGCUCCAGGCCCAGAGGAAGUUCGCGCAGUCGCAGCCCAACUCCCCGAGCACCACGCCCGUCAAAGUGGCCGACCAAGGCAGCCUGAGCACCGGCCUGGCCACCGUGCCAUCCACGUCCCUCUCGUCGCUCUCCUCCUCAUCCCUGUCCUCCUCCAUCCAGGACCUUUCCCGACGCAAGCCCAAGACGGAGGACUUCCUCACCUUCCUCUGCCUCAGAGAGCCUGGGUCUUCAACGUUUUUCAGGCCAAGGACCCCCAAACUGAUGGACAGAUUAAGUUCAUCUGCCUUGCCCAAUAACAUGGCCUACUUCGGGAGCUCCCAGGAGGAGGAAGACCUGGAGGAGGACGAGGAGGAGGAGGAGGACGAGGUGAGGAACGGCGGCGGCGGCGGCGUCCACUCGCACGGCGUGGGAAGCGGCAGUCAAGCCUCGGCCUCAUCCUCCUGCCACUCGACACCGCGCAAGGGCAAGCUCCCCGCCAGGCAGCCGCUCAACGGGCACGUGUUCCACAGCAAAGCAGGGACCAGGGAGAGUCCGAGGCCCAAGGCGGGGGCUCACGGCAGGGACGCGCCCGCCCCGCCGCUGCCACCCCCUCCGCCUCCGCCUCCGCCCCUCCUGAGGGAGCGCAGCGAGCGGGCGGAGGCGCGGGAGCACGCCAGGGAGCAGCAGGCCUUGGCCAGCAGUCGGGGCUCCGCCAACGGGCUGCCGUCGAGGAGAGCCGCGGAGGAGUUACGCAAGCAGGUCUCUAAAGUGAACGGGCUGACGCGGGCCGGCUCGGCGCAGGCUGUCAGCGGUGCCAAAAAGAGCCGCGACUUCCGACUGCCGUCCAAAACCUUGAAGAAGUACACAGCCACCGUGUCCAAGGGCCACGUCACCUACACCAAAGCCAAACAGAAAGAUCUGGGCAAGAAAACCAAACUCAGCAGCAGCAACAAACACAACAGCGCCGCCUCGGCACCAUCGUCAGCGAACAAUCACAAUCAGCACAGCCAGCCAGCAGCCAGCAAUGGACUGGCCAACUCAGGAAAAGCAGCGGCACCAGCCCACCACAGCAAUGCAAAAACCCGCAAACAGGUGCUACUAUCCAAUGGGCUGCACAACGGGGCCUCCAGGGGCCGCCUCAACGGGAGGCUAAACGGGCAGCGGCACAACACCCUGGCUAAGGAGGACGGGCAGAGACUGUGCCAGCAGGGCCAGGGUGAGUGCCCGGGCCGAGAAGGACUGCGCAACUCCAAGCGGCGUCUGGAGGUGGUGCUGAACUCGGUGGGGGCGGGGGUCAUCGAGCAGAAAGUCAAAGCAACCGGCACUGAGGCCAAGAAGGCCAAGCUACAGCCCGCGCCCCUGGAGACACGCAGCAGCAGCAAGAAGGUGGCGAAUCAAGAGAAAGCUGCCGCGCUAAACGCCGCCCCCACCACUCCGGUUUCUAACGGACACGAAUCAGAAUCUCCCCCGUCUCCCAAACAAACUGUUACCCCGCCUCCCUCCUCCACACACCCUCAACAAACCCCGCCUCCUUCUACACCAGCAGCCAACGCGGAGCCGGUGAACCAGCGGCCUAAGCGGGCGUCGGCUGGGAAGCUGAUGUUGAUACGACAAGCACAGCAGCAGCAGAGCAGGUCUCACGGUCGAAGCUCCUCCUCCUCCUCCUCCUCCCCUUCAUUAGGCCAGAAUCACUCGCCGAACCCGAGUCGCGCCAGCACUACCUCAGACCCCCAACAGACCUCUGUGUCCUCCUCCUCCUCCGCCUCCUCUCCCCCCGCCUCCGCCAGCAGCAGCAGCAGCAGCCCCGGACAGCUCAAACCAGCAGCGGCGGCGCGGCCCGCGGACCGCGACAAGGAGUGGGAGCGCGAGAAAGAGAUGACGCGCCAGAGGGAGCGCGAGCUGGAGAGGGAGUGGGAGCGCCAGCGGAGCAAGCCGGAGGGCUGGCCGGCGCUGGGCGAGGUCCCCGUCUUUCGGCCAGCUCCGAGGGAGUUCCAGGACCCGCUGGUGUACCUGGACGCGGUGAGGGAGCAGGCCGAGGUCGCUGGCAUGUGCCGCGUGGUGCCCCCGCAGGACUGGCGGCCGGAGUGCAAGCUGAGCGAGGAGAUGCGUUUCGUUACACAGGUGCAGAGGGUCCACAUGCUGGGCCGACGCUGGGGCCCCAAUGUGCAGCGGCUGGCUUGCAUCCGCAAGCACCUUAAAUCUCAGGGCAUUACCAUGGAUGAGCCACCUGUCAUUGGUGGCUGCGAAGUGGACCUGUCACGUUUUUUCCAGCUCAUCAACGACAUGGGCGGCAUGCAGCAGGUGAUGGACCUGAAGAAGUGGACCAAGCUCGCCGACCUCCUGCGCAUCCCCAAGUCGGCGCAGGACCGGCUGGCCAAGCUGCAGGAGGCGUACCUCCAGUACAUCCUCUCCUACGACUCGCUCGGCACCGAGGAGCGCCUCCGGCUGCAGGACGAGGUGCUGCAGGAGAAAAAGAGCCUGGAGUCGCGCCGGGGCCCCCUGGAGGGUCUCCUGGAUUCAUCGACGCACAGCGCGCUCUCGCUGCCCCGCUACGAGCCCAAGAACGGGCUGGUGGGCGGGAUAGUGGGAGGGGCGACGGGGAACCACCGCGCCAACGGAGUGUACUACCGUCUGAAGGAGCUGGAGGCUCAGGUCAAAGCGGGCCGGCGCCGGCUCUUCGCUCAGGAAAAACACGGCAAAGAGGACAGGCAGCACGGGGAGGAGCAGGCGGCGGAGGACAGGGGCGUUCUCAGUGACCAGCACAAAUGUAUUUACAAGGGGAAGUCUGUGUCAUUGACCAACUUCUUCAGGAUAGCCCGCAACACCAUGACAAUGUGCUUUAGCAAAGAACCAGGAGCUGCUGAGGUUGAGCAAGAGUACUGGAGGAUCGUGGAGCAGAGAGACAGCCACGUGGCAGUGCAUUGUGGGAAGGUGGACACCAGUACACACGGCAGCGGUUUCCCGACAGGAAAGUCGGAGCCAUUUUCGAAACACGGAUGGAACCUCACUGUCCUCCCGAAUAACUCUGGAUCCAUACUGAGGCAUCUUGGUGCUGUGCCUGGGGUGACCAUUCCCUGGCUAAACAUUGGCAUGGUCUUUUCUACCUCAUGCUGGUCUCAAGACCAAAAUCGCCUUCCAUAUAUUGAUUACUUACACACUGGUGCUGAUUGCAUUUGGUAUUCUGUCCCUGCUGAGGAGAAGGCUAAGCUGGACAAGGUGGUCCACACACUGCUUCAGGCCAAUGGCACCCCAGGACUAGAAAUGUUGGAGAAGAACAUCAUGAUCUCUCCGGAGGUGCUGUGCCGCGAAGGCAUCAAGGUUUACCGUACGGUCCAGCGGAGUGGUCAGUUUGUGGUCUGCUUCCCCGGUGCCUUUGUCUCUAAAGUGUGCUGUGGCUACAGCGUGUCAGAGACGGUGCACUUUGCCACGCCACACUGGAUGAACCUGGGAUACGAGGCCGCAAAGGACCUGAAGUGUCGUUGUAUAGCCAAACCCUUCUCCAUGGAGAAGCUACUGUAUCAGAUCGCCACGGCCGAGUCCAAGAGGGACAACGGCCUUCUCCUCACCACCAUCUCCACCCUUCUCAAAGACCUCAGGAAGAUAGAGAUGCACCAACGUAAGGAACUUUACAAGGCAGGUUUGCACUCCUCUGCCCGCUACGGCACCCACGACGGCGGCCUUGGGCCCGUCGAGGGACGCAAGAAGCCCCGCGGUGGCAAGUGGCUGGCACUGGAGUCCUCGGAGAGACGCUGUCAAAUCUGUCAGCAUCUCUGCUACCUGUCCAUGGUGGUCCAGGAGACGGACAACGUGGUCUUCUGUCUGGAGUGUGCCCUGCGCUACGUGGACAAGCACAAGUCCUGCAGAGGCCUGAAGAUGAUGUAUCGAUACGAUGAGGAGCAAAUCGACAGUUUGGUGAACCAGGUGUGCGGUCGGGCCCUGUUAAAGAAUGGAGGCAGCGGCGGUGGAGCCGUCAUCGUCAGCGGAGGAGGAGUAGGAGGUGGAGGAGGAGGAGGAGGAGGAGGAGGAGGAGAAGGAGGUGGCGACCCCUGCCACGGCCUGAGUCCUGCCAAAGCAUCGGCCAAGCGAGAGCGGCUGAACCGGAAACGCGCCACUGUAGAGGUGUCCCUGGCACGCCUGUCCUCCAGCCACAUCCCCAAGGCCGCGGCCGUGUCCUGAAGGAGGCGGGGGCGCCCCGACAUCGCCAGCCCGUGCGCUGUCCUCGGUGUCCCUCCUCCCCCCCUUCCAGCACCCUCGUCCCUCGUCGCUUCCCCCGUUUGUUCUUUUUACAUUAAAGCAGGAUCACUAUCAACCCCAACUCCAACUCUAUCACAAAUCAUUUCCGAGCUUUGAAAAGUCCCCUCGCCUGACCUCAGUCCAAAAAAAAAAAAAAUACCCGCCUCUCCUUUAGUAUGACAGGCUUGUUUCUCAAAAAGAAAAGCAAGAUGUCUUUUUUGCACUAGUGUGAAAGAAGAAUUUUUUUUUUUUUUUUUUUUUUAUUCUGGAUGAUAUUAGAACCGCCCACCUUUUCCUCUCCUCUCCCGCCCCACCUUGAGUCAACAUUACAAGCAUUAACGUUCGCAGGAAGACUUGACGGGCCCUGUUCUACCCUUUACCUCCACCCACCGUCCCUCCUUAACUGAAAUUGGUUACACGUGUUACCUUUUUCUUGCAUCACUCUUUCCUGCCCCCCCCAUCCCCCACCCCCCGAGACUGAGACUGGACCCCAUCCCUUCUCAUCACACGUCACUCAACUGUGAACAUGGGACGAAUGAAAAGGCGGCCUUUUCCCCCCUCUCCUUCCCUUUUUUUGUGAAAUGAAAAUGACAUCAAGUAGUUACCCAAAGUUUCUCUCUUUCCUUGUCUUGAGGAAGAGGAGUCCUUUUUUUUUUUUUUUUUUUUAUUGAUUUUUAUUUUUUAUUUUUAAAUGCGUUCUCGAUGCAGUCCCUGCGUCGUUUAGUUUUUUUAAAGCGAGGUGGGCGAUGCAAGGUAAAAACUUGAAAGACAGACGAUGUUGGUUUACUGUUGGUUGGCUACGUUUAUUCUCUAUUUGAAUUUUAGAUUUGUUUUGGCUAGUUUUAUUUUAUAAUUUUUAUUUUUUUUUUUGCGAGAAGUCUUCUGUAUUUUAUUUUAUUUUUUUUGUCAUUGUGGAUGAUUCUGUUCGUUGGCGGACGUGAGAGGAGCAGAGCUACAGCUGCUUGACCUGUGAAAGGUCACCGCUCACCACACUUCCUGGUAGUUUGGAGGGAUCCCUUCUUUGCUAGCGAGUGAAUAUGGUGCCUGAUACUUAGCAAGGAGAUCCAUCUUUUAUUGGUGCUGUUGGUUAUAAUUACUGUAUAACAACACAAAAGUAAAAAAAUGUGGGGGCUGGUGCCGGCUAGCGGCUAACCGCUAGCCCACGCGCCCCCACCCCACAGGGCAGAAAGGCUUUUCAGGCUUUUCUGGUUCUAGAUGUGCAAUCGUGUUAACAUUCCAUUCUUCCAGUCCUCUUGUUUCAUCUGUACCAGUAAACAUUAAUUAUUAUAUUAUAUUAUUAUUAUUAUUAUUGUGUUUCUUUUUUUUUUUUUUACUUUUGUUGAUCUGAUGUGUUAUCUCAAGUAGAGCCACUAGUCAAAGUGUGUAAAAUGUGAAAUAUCAAAGUUUUUUUCUGUUAUUGUCCCUUUUUUUUCUUUUUUUUUUUGCAUUUUUUUCCCUUUUCCAGAUAUAUUAUGAGUGAUUUUUAGAGAGAGGAAAAAAAAAGUCCAACACAAACGAACAUCUUUUUUUUUUUUUUUUUGUACAUAAUCCUGUAAAUUUCUUUAAAUACUUGAGCCUUUUUCAGGGGGUUAAGUAAGACAGAAAUGACAGAAGGACUAGAGAAGAUGUUCCAGAAGAGAGUGCUUGAUGAAGAAAAAGCCUUACAUUUCCCUUUCUUCAUCCAUGUGAGUGUGACGCUUACAGGGUUGCUCUGAUAAAUGUGUAUAAAAAUUUUAAGUGCUGCUUAUAUCACUAAGAAAGAAGAUAUUGAGUAGCCAACGACUGCCCCUCCCAACCUAGUUUUGUUUGUUUAGCUUUACUUUUUUAAAGAAAAGGGAAAAAAAAGAUAUGCUCACAAAAAAAAAAUGGGUUUUUACAUUUUCAUUACUGAAAAUUCAACAAAAAUGUAGUAGCUACUCAUGUUGCACUGAGCUUGCCAGUGGUGACUGUCAAGGAAAAAUCCUAUAAUCCAGUUUGUUGGUUGUUGUCCCUCGCAGAAGACUGAACUGUUUUAGGACUAUUUAAUGAAACACAGAGUCGGGUGUUUUCAACAUAAAAAAAAAAAGUGGUUGUCAAGUUUUUAUGGCCUUACAAUAUAUUUUAUUCGGAUGAUUUUUUCUUUUUUUGUUUGUUCUUCAGUUCUCUUUGUUUCUUCCAUUUUCUACAGUAUGAACUACUUGCUCACAGUGGGGUCUCUGGUGACUUAAUUUAUUAGUGCCGUAUCUCGGCCUUUCCCUCCAUUCGGAAAGAGAGUCUCAUGUUGGUUAUAUUGACAGUUUUUUACUUUUGCAGUUUGUACUUCAGGUUUAAUAAAAACUUACCGACGA